AUGGCUCACUUUGUCCCUCUCACCGGUCUCCCAUCAGCUUCCAAGCUGGCUCAAGUCUUCAUUCAAGAGAUCUUCAGAUUAAAUGGUCUUCCUGAAGAGAUUAUCUCCGAUAGAGGUGUCCAGUUCAUAGCGAAAUUCUGGCGAAGUCUGUGUUUGGCACUCCAAGUCAAACUAAAGCAUGGUGAGGCUUUUACAAAAGAGGAAAGGCCCAGUGAGACAGAAGAAGAAAGGCCCAAUGAGACACAAGAGGAAAGGCCCAGUGAGACAGAAGAGGAAAGGCCCAAUGAGAUAGAAGAGAGAAAGGUCUGGUGGGACAGAAGAAGAAAGGCCGGAGAUGGCAGCCCAUCAAUGAUGCACAUAUUUACUUGGAUUGCAUUGUUUUGUGGCAGAGAACUCAGCACUCAGGAAACUCAUGGUACUGGCAAGCUGUUUAUCCCAGUGAGAAGAAAAAAUGCAGUAUUCAGGACAGAUGGCAGAGGCUCUGAAGACCAAGUUACUUCUGUUGGAAAAACGUUUGUCACAGCAUUUCUGCAGAACCAGGAUGUUAAGGAAAUGCCCCAACGGGAAAUAGUUGUGACUGGCACUUCACCUAACACCACAGUUACUUUCACUAUUAUGAACUCCAAUUUUAGUAAGGUUCUGAAGAUUGGCAAACAUGAAUCUGUUACAAUACCUAUCACAUCUAUUGAUGAGUUGAAAGGAACAGCAUUAAGUCCACAUGCAGUGCAGAUUACAGCUGAUGCAGAUGUCAUUGUGAUGUCUCGUAAUUACAGAAACAAUAUUGGUGAUAUGACUUUAAUUUACCCGGUUCAUCAGUUGGGAUUUGAAUAUUUUAUAAUUACCCCUCAAAAGGGACCAGAAAAUCAAUAUAAAGAAUUCUUAUUGGUUUCAUAUGAAAAACCAACAACUGUUGACAUCUAUUUAAAGGGUACUAUAAAUUAUAGGACUAAUUCUUUAAAGGGCGACAAGAUGACACUGAACCUUGAGCCAUUCAAUAUUAUUCAAAUUCAGAGUAAAAAUGAUCUCUCGGGCACUAAGGUUGUAUCUCAGCAUCCUGUUGCUGUCAUUACUGGGCACACAUGUGCUGAGAAUAAAAUAGGCUGUAAUCAUGUCUAUGAACAGCUCCGGCCUGCUGAAAGUUGGGGCUCCUCAUUCUUUAUCCCGAACUUAUCCUUCCAGACUAACCAUGACAAUGUCUUAGUUAUGGCUUCUCAACACACGUCCAUUCAGUACCAAUCUUGUGAGAAAAAAGUGUCAAAAAAUGUGGAAGCUGGAGAAAUGGUUCAGAUUAAUGUCUGUAGCUCUUCACCACUGACCAUCGACAGCAAUAGUGGAGUUCAAGUUUUGCUUUAUAGCACCAGUAGGACAUCGAAUAACAAACCUAUUGGUUCAUGUCUAACUAUUAUACAAGCCAAUGAAUCAUUUGGCAUUAUUUAUAACCUCAUUGGACAGAAUACAUUUGAUUCUAAUUUGGCUGUCUUCACAAUCAAGACCUCAAGUGUCCCUGGUGUUACUUUUGAUGGGAAGUCUCCAACAGACAUUGAGUGGAAAAAUGUCCCUGGAUCUGAAUAUUCCUACGCAGAAUAUGACUAUGGCAGUGGCUUCAGCUUCCAUACUAUUCAGCACCCUACAACACCCUUUGGACUUCUCAGUAUUGGGUACUCAAAGAACAUGACCUAUGGAUUUGUGGCUCCUUGUAUUAAAGAAAAUAUAGAUGAUUUAGUACACAGCAAUGAUGAAUUAGUUGCUUGUAAAUUUGCAUGUAGAGCCAAAGUGUAA